AUGACCGUAAAACUUUUGAUACUCCUCUCGGCGCUGGGUACGAUAGCCCUGGGGCACAAAUGUGAGGACACGGACAGCUGUGAUCAGUUAGGCUGUGAGGACGGCUGGACAGCCAUGAACCGGACAAGAACAUGUUUCAAGAUACUUCGAAAUAUCGCCUUUUCAAAAGCCGCAGCUGCCUGUGACGAAUUUGACGCAACAGUGGCUUCAGCUGGAGAUGAAGACGAGAAUCUGGAUCUUUUGGAAUUUGGCAUCAUUGCCCGGGUACAGAAAACAGAUAUAUUUUUAUUGGGCGCAAAACAGGAGAUCACCGUGAUAUCUGAUGGUGGCCAGAAAGACUUUGAUCACAGAGAUUUAUUUGAUCAGAAGGAGAAUGUUGAUGGGUAUGAGGGAAAAGCUAAGCGAAGCGUCCAGAGAGGACGAGCCGGGCGUCGCUGGCGUUGGAUGAACGACAGACCCUUCAAAUAUACAAACUGGUACCAUCGUGAAUCCUCCGAAGAAGAGUGGGAGGACGACAAGGGGUGUAUCGAGAUGUACGUUCGUCACUGGAAUUUCGACAACACAAAGAGCCUCCGGUUUAACAUUCAAUCGACUGGGGCUGGAAAAUGGAACCAUGUCAAGUGCGACCAAGGCAAUCGAGUGAUGGCUUGUCGCAAGGAACAGAAAGCCAAGAAGCCAAAGAAGCCCCGAUUUUCUGCCAGCCGUUCCAAUGAGGAUCCUUGUGAUCGCGGAUGGACUUAUUCCCGUAAAACCAGAAGCUGCUACUUGGGAACCUCUUGCGAUAGCGGGUGGACACAGGGAGACGGAACUAAUAAGUGUUACAAGUUCCUCGAUACUAUGCUUCUAUUCUCUGAAGCCACCAAACAAUGCCAACAGAUUGGGUCCCGAGUGUUGACUAUCCAUUCUUCAGCUGAGAAUCAAUUUGCUAACGCAUUCACAAAAGCGCACUGCUGGUCGGGAUUUCGCGUGACCGGUACCGCCAAGUAUGACUAUGUCUGGAACGACAAAUCAUCGAUGAACUACACAAAUUGGGACCACUUUUUGAUGGAUUUUGCCCGGGUGGAGGAGUAUUGCUUGCAGCUGCGCCCCGACGGCCGGUGGAAUGAUUAUCCGUGUUUUACACCAGAACGCACGCUUUGUCAGAAGGAAUUCGGCUGGACCUGGGCCGACGGAAGUCCGAUGGACUACAAAAACUUUUUGGAGGAUGAAUCGAAAAUUGCAAAGGCCGGUAGCGGCUGUCUUGAGAUGCAACUACGCGAGGGCAAUGACUUUAGUUCAACUUACGCCGGAAAGUGGAACGAAAACUCGUGCGACAAUGCGUUUGAUGUGGCGAUUUGCCGGAAGUAUGCUAACCUU